ACUAGCCGAAACUAACUGGAAAAUAUGGCUUUUCACAAUCACUCCAUACAAAGAUUUGAAAAUUAUUGAAUAUAAUAUCCACAAUUCAAAUCGGUUUAUGUAUAGUUUAGUUGGCCCAACGAAAGUCUUAUUUUGACACGUAUAUUGCAAAUCCGUAAGCGGAAAGUGAUUUUUUUAAAUAAUUUAUGUAUGGUAUAUAUGAAAAAAUAUAUUAACACACUUUGCACAUAUUCUUAGUUGUUGUUGUUGUUGUUGUUGGAGCGGCAGAAUUAUGUACAAUUUAGAUUACUUAGCUGUAAUUACAAGUUUAACGAGUUAGACAUUUUCAUGUGAAAAAUAUGCGGAAGAAAUGUAACAGUCACAAUUUCUUUUGCGUCGCGAUUUGAUGGUAUGGACGAAUGUAGGAGAUCGUCAAACUUCUUUCCGCGUUGGCGGCUUUCGGCCGCGCUUCGAACACCGGGGUGUCCAUAGUUCUUUUGCAUAGAACACCUUUGAGCACGCAAAGGACUAUGGUUAUUUUUUUUAAGCGACGCCGAAAGGCCGCCAGUUCAGAAAGAUCUCGGCGCGGAUGAAUUAGAAAGGAGAUACCAGCUCUUAUCUUUUUACGCUCUCAACCUGUGUUCUCUUCUGCUGGUUUGUGUCAGCUUUUUAGGUUAAGAAACGCUUUUCCAGCAGAAACUUUGCUAGCUAGUGACAGCAGUUAUGAAAAAAACUCAAUGUUUAACCCUUACCUCAUCGAAAAAUACGGACGUCCGUUGGAAUUAAAUAGUAAACUAUUAUGAAAAUUAACAUUUUGGUCAGUUACAAUCUAUUACAAUCUAUCUCAAAAUUGUUACAUUUCAUGUAAAAUUUUAUUGAAAUAAUAUAAAUUGCUUAUAGUAUAAUCCAAAACAUUAUCUAUAGACACCUUAAUAAAACAAAACAUCAGCUGUAGACAAAACAUAAAUGACGUUACUCACUGCUGCAAUUUUGCUAAAAUUUUAAUUGUAUUUUUUUUAAGUAAAUUAUAUUUUCAAAAUUCGUAAUGCGAAGAUGAAUCGUUUUGAAUAUGUAGAAGCGCGAUUGCAUGAUGAUGAAACGUUUGUGAGUCGUGAUAGGAAUGUUAAAAUUUAUGAUGGAGAUCACAAAACAGAGUAUGAAGAAGGUGAGAUCGUUCUCACUACCCAUCGUCUAUUUUGGGGUCGUCCAGGUGAAAUUGCUCGUGCUGCCACUACACUUUGCCUUUCCCUACGUCAUGUGAUAUCGCUCAGUGAAGAAACAGCCAGUUCAUAUAUUUUUGGACGCAAGAUUCGAUAUAUAUUAUAUUUACGGGAGCCGCCACCAGAUAAGGCACCUGGUCCAAUAGAUUACAGUCCGCAUAGUCAUAUCAAACUAUCGGGAAAAAAUGGAUUGACACAAGAAUUCGGAAGUGCAUUACGUCAAACAAUCGAAGCCAGAAUAUGGGAAGUGUUAGUAAUACCGAAACCACUUUCAGUGGCAAGUAAUUCACAAAAUUCACGUAGUGGUGACAAUACAGCACAAUUACGUUUGAAAAUGCGUACUGGCAUUGGUGGUAUUGAGCGUUCCAUCGAAGCUAAAGCGAAAGAAACAGAUGAAAAUAUAGCUUUGGCUUUUCAGGAUCUUAAUGUACUAAUGGCAAUGGCAAAGGAUAUGGUGGCCAUAUCAAAGGUGAUAAGUACAAAAAUACGUGAACAAAAAGGAGAAAUAUCUGAUGAUGAAACUGUGCGUUUUAAAUCUUAUUUGUUGAGCUUGGGUAUUGAAGACCCAGUGACGCGAGAAAAUUUCAGUAGCAAUUCGGAUUAUUUUCGUAGUUUAGCGCAACAAAUAUGCGAACUGCUUUUGGAUCCUAUCGAGGAACAAGGUGGCAUGAUGUCGCUGGCCGAUGUGUAUUGUCGGGUGAAUCGCGCACGAGGCCUUGAACUACUUUCUGCGGAAGAUUUGCUACACGCGUGUCAACAACUGAACGGACCGAUAAAACUAAGAAAAUUUCCAAGUGGAGCAAUGGUAUUGCAAUUAGAAUCGCAAGAUGAUGAACUGGUAGCAGCUGAUACACUGGAAAAGGUGACAAUGUCAAAGUCAUUAGCUGUCGAAGAAUUGGCUAAAGAUCUAGGCAUUUCGUUGUUAUUAGCAAAAGAACGCUUGCUUGCUGCUGAACGUUUGGGUAAAGUGUGUCGCGACGAAUCAAUAGAAGGCUUACGUUUCUACCCCAAUUUGCUGUUAUAUCGAGAUAUUGAUAGUUAAAAAAUGAUUUUUUGUGGAAUAUCGUAGAAAAGUAUGAAUUUAAUAAUUAAUUUGUGCAUAAAAACAUAAAAGUAAAUAAAAACACAAAGCUUUCCUAAUAUUUCAAUUUAUUAAAUAAUUUUUUAUUAUAAUUUACGUUAAUACAUAUGCUACAUGUGGUCGCAUUGAUAAAAAGAAAAUGUAUUUUUUUUAUAAUAACAUAAUAAAGUUCUUAAUCGGUUUAA